AUGGCUUUCCUGGGUUGUGUGAUAUGGGUGCUAACUGCGGUGGGACUCUUCAAUAGCGGGACUAGGUUUAGAAGCGAUUCAGUCGCCAAUCUAGCAGCGUUUGUGAUAAUCGUAGGGACAAUAUACUUAUUCGUGGCUGUAAUUGAGGUGUUCAGCAUCAUUGUCGCGGCGUACAGUAGAAAGCUGGCGCAUAUCCAAGCGAUCGCGUCCCUCUCGAUCCUCAUCUUCCUGAUUGUUGCAUUCCUUGGAAUUUUGAAAAUUAUAGUCCACUUUUCCCUCAAGGAGAAUAUACUCGAGGUGUGCGUAAGGAGUGUACGCGACGGGAAGGUGGUCUAUACGGAAUUUAAAGGUCCCAAGUAUGGUGCUGCAAAUGACGCAGAUGAAGCAGCGGCAUGGUGCAAACGCACUUGGUCGCGGGAAUCGUAUUCUGUGAUCCUAUUGGCGCUCUCGAUGCCUUGUUAUGCGAUUUUCAUCUCGACUUUGGCGUUCGCAUACCUCCGGUAUGCCAGAGAACUGGCGUUGACUUACACGAAUACCCGCUCACACCAGACCAGACUGGUGAAGCUGACACGAAGAAAGGAGGCGGACAGGGGUUUCUCCAAGCCUUAUAGGCGCGCCGGCGACGCUCUUCACCUUCAGAAAACGCACAUACGCCCCACACAAAACCUUUACACCAUUUACAUCAUCCUCAACUUAAACCACACAAUGUCCAUGAACGACUCCCCCAACAAGACCAGCGGUCAACUCCACUCCAUGAAGGGCUCCAUCGUCGAAGGUGUCGGCAACCUCACCGGUUCGACCUCCUGGCAGAACUCCGGCAAGAAGGAGCACACCGAGGGCGAGACCGAGUACAAGGCCGCCCAGGCCAAGGGAUAUGCCGAGGGCACCAUGGAUCGCAUGAGUGGCAUGAAGGACUCCGUCGUUGGUGCGGUGACGGGCGAUAAGAUGCAGCAGACUGAAGGCAACAUGGCGAGGGACAAGGGCAAGAUGCAGCAGGAGGUCAACAAGCCCGAGUGA